GGUAGGAGACAGAAGGAGACGUCAAUAUGGGGCCAGAGGGGAAACGUUUCUAUACGGUCUCUAUUGAAUGUCAGUGUCUACAUCCAACAUUUAACGAGGUUAGUUGUUAGUUGUCAUGUGAAAAUAUUACACAAAUACAUAAGUUUAUCAACGUGAGGUUAAGUUUACUGAAUAAAUUAUAUUGGAAGCCAAGCAAUCACAAUCUGACGUAUCAAUACUUAAAAUGAGUGAAAAUAUGUCGGCGAUUGCGGCAGAUUCGUUUCCAAAUAUUUAUCUCCCACGUGUUGUCCUCGACAAAAUCGAUAUUCCUGAGAACAGUAUUAUAAUAUCAACAAUUAUUGAAGACCCUUCAUUGUCCGAUGGUUCAACAGCGCAAUCAUCGGAUUUUAACGAUAAUCGUUACAACGAGGUAGAUUCAGAGGUCGAAGUAAGUUAUAGGAUUCACAGCAUCGAGUACAUUUGUCAAGAUUGUUACAAAUCAUUUAAUACAGCAGAACUUCAUAAAAAACAUGUCUUGACUUGUCACACUGAAGGAAAUCGUCUAUUGAAUAUUCCGAUUGAAUAUUUGCCGUUUGUCCGUCUUAAUCGAAUAGAUAUACCUGAUAAAAAAACAAAAACAGAGAUUGAUACAGAGUCUCACAAAGAAUCAAAGACUCAUAAAUCUGAAAUCAGUUCUAAGGGUAAAAAUAAAUUUAAUUUAACAAAAAAAAAAGAAAAACAUGGUCCUGCUCCAAGAAAAAUAUACCAAUGUGAAAAAUGUGGCUAUGUAUUCAACAAAAAAUACAACUUACAGCAACACAUCCUUCUACAUACUGGUAAAAGACCUCAUCAGUGUCCUCAUUGCCCGUCAGCUUUUCGGAAUCCAAGUAAUUUAAAAUCUCAUAUCAAGAGUAUCCACACCAAUGAGCGACCUCAUAAAUGUCCUUACUGUCCACGUGCUUUUGUAAUUUCUCAUAAUUUAAAAAGUCACAUAGCGAGUAUUCAUUCUAAAAAACGUCCUUUUAAAUGCAACGACUGCGAUGCCAAGUUUAGUCAAUCACGUCAAUUGAACGAUCACAAAUUCAAGUGUCAUCAGAUUCGAACUUCUGACAAUAAAAAACUAAAGUGCCUUUAUUGCCAUCUCGGAUUUACUGAACAGUAUUACCUGACUGCCCAUCUGAAUACUCACAGGCACGGAAAAGAUUGGAAGUGUAAUCAAUGCUCUUACAUGACAAAUUAUUCGAGCUCAUUGAAAAAACACAUAACCAAGCACUUUAAUAUGAAGGAAUUAAAUACUGUGGAGCAAAACAACAAUAACAUAGAAGUUUAUUCUAACGGAACUACAGAAUCUACUCCUGAUAAAAAAAUUAAAGAAGAAGUCACAAAAAAUUUGAUUGAUGAAAAGAAUGUUGUUUUGAACGAUAAUUAUAACUCCAUUAUACAAGAAGGAAUUUAUUUGAUAAAAGAACAAGUAAAAUUAUAUAAUGCAACAAUGCAGUACUUACUAAAAACAAUUAAUUUAAUUGCUGAUAAGAAAAUUCCGCAAAAAAUCAUCUCUGAUUAUUCUUCGAUUGUUACUGGUCAUAAUUUACUUUUAGAUAAAGAUAAAAUAAAUAGCGAAAUAACUUUGAAAAUAUGGAAUGGUUCAUUUGUUAAAAAUGAAGAAAGUUGUAAUGCAACAAUCGUUGAAAAUAAAAAAGUUGAAGAUUUAACUAAAGAUCAAUCUGAUAAAUCGACUAAAAUAGAUAAAAAUUCUGCACAACUGGAUGAUAUUGAAAUACUGAAUAAAUCUAUUUCUUCAAUGGAUUUGAAUUCAUCCGAUGAAUUUAUGAAUGCGAUGGAUGUUGAUCUAGAUCCGAAGCAAGCAGAUUCAACUUUAUAUUCUUCUCUGACCUCUUCAUCCUCACCAUCUACUGUUAUUCUUGAGAAGAAUACCUAUCCUGUAAAUAGUGGUAAUUUAUCCAAUCCAGCUGUAUCAGACAACAAAACAUCAAAGGAAAUUCCACUUGAAGUGAGCAAUAAUUCAGAAGAGCCGAAUAAAAAGCUGAGUUUAAUCGAAGUACUAAAAAACGCAAAUAAGUCUUAUUCAAAUAUGAAUCGAGCAUCUAAAAGAUUGAAACGUAAAGCUGUAGAUGAAGAAAUUAAUUUGGAAAAUAAUAAAAAGCGCUUUACAGCUAACGCAAAUAAUUAUGAUCAAGAUAAUUCAUCAUCACAACGACGUAUAACUCGCUCUACAAAACGUAAAGUCUUGAACGCGAAAAUUUGUUCGAAGAAACAAGAAUUCAACGUUCCAGAGAGUUUUUUGCCGGUCGUUCGACUUCAGAGAAUUAAGUUACCUAUUAAUGAAAAAAAAUUGUCAGCUUUGAAGACAAAAGUUAGGAAAUUAGAGACUAAAAAGACGGAUAAUGUUUAUAAUUUACGACCAUCAAGUAGAAAAAAUAAUUGUACUGAAAUUAAAAAAAUAAAUAACAUUAAAGUAAACUGCGAGCUGUGUGACAAGACAUUUAAAACAAAAGAAUGUCUUAAAGUACAUGUUCAAUCUCAACACGUUAAAAAAAACUUUAAAUGUAAGAAAUGUAACUAUGCGUCUAAUUUUCAAGGAAAUUUACGGCGACACAUCAAGAUUCAUCAGGAUACAGCGGUAGUUUCGCAAUCUAAUUUGAAAACUUGCUUGCGUUCCUAUGCAGCCAAACUUCAUCAGCGCGAUAGCUGCUCUAAGGUCAACAGAUCUCAAAGCAGUUUUAAGUGUAGUAUCUGUUUCUAUACUACGAAAUCUCUAGAAUUAUUGAAUGAACACACAAAAAAUCAUAAAAAUAACAAAUUGUUUAAUUGCAAUGACUGCGACAAGACUUUUGGAAGAAAAAAAUUAUUACAAGAACACCGUGUCACUAGUCAUGAUUCACAGAGUAGCAGAUACUCGUGUAAUGAGUGUCAACUGACAUUUUCCUACUACGGUCGUCUGUCUCGUCAUUUUAGAACUGUUCAUGGAGUUGUAGCUGGAGCUGUAAACUCUAAAAAUAAUAAUUAAUAUUUAAUUUUUAUC